CUUUUGGCUGAUGCCAUCAUUUAUGCUCAAAAAAAUCGUUCUUGGAAACUUUUCGUCUGGCCCAGUGGAUCCCAUGAUGGCUGAUGCCAUUGAUUUCAUGGUGGACAGGCUGGAAAGUUUGGGUCAGAGUGAACUGGCUUCAAGACUUACCCUGAAUUGUCAGAAUUCAUACGUGGAGCCUCAUAAAAUUCGGGACAUCCCUGUAACCAUUAUGGAUGUGUUUGACCAGAGCGCCCUUUCAACUGAAGCUAAGGAAGAAAUGUACAAACUGUAUCCUAACGCCCGGAGAGCUCACCUUAAAACAGGUGGCAACUUCCCUUACCUGUGCCGAAGUGCAGAGGUGAAUCUCUACGUGCAGAUACACUUGCUGCAGUUCCAUGGAACCAAAUAUGCCGCCAUUGAUCCGUCAAUGGUCAGCGCUGAAGAGCUUGAAGUGCAGAAGGGCAACCUCAGCGCCAGCCAGGAGGAGCAAUAGAUGUGGCUUUGGCUGUUGGUGACAGGUGACCAGCGUGCUCUCCUACAGUCCAUAUCAGCCCCCCACCAGUCGGCCUCCUUCAGGUUCGUCAGGCUCACCGGCUCUCACUGUGUUGGAAGAAGGACUGGUUUCAUCUUCGUGACAGGCAGCAGCUCUCCUAAGCCAGUGUGACUGUCCCCUCUUUGGUUUUUUGGCUUUUAAGUUUAAAGAAGUACUUUUGAAGACACUCAUUUUAAGAAUUAUGAAAAUUUUGCUACCAGAAAUCUUUACCACUGUGUUCUUAAGUGAAUGCUAGUUUCUGAGGUUUGGGAUUUUGUGGGAUUUUCUCUUUUCUUUCCCAUUCCUGCUAUCCUCUUGCUUUUUAUGUUACAUAUCAUUAUUAUGCAUUCUUGGCAUAACCAUUAUGAGAGUGCCAACGCUAGCACCCUGCUGUUCACUCUACUACAAAUCAACCACUUUUCAUUUCCAGCUAAGCACAUUGUUUUGAGUGUUAGCUGUUGUCUUUCUAGACAUUAUUUGGAAUAAAAAUUCAA